AUGGUGGUGGUGGAGGUGGCGGUGGUGGGAGCGGUGGCGGUGGUGGCGGCAGCGGAGGUGGUGGCGGCAGUGGGAGCGGUGGUACUGGCCGUGGUGGCGGCGGUGGUGGCGGGCGUGGUAGAGCUGUUCAGCGGGGAGGUGCUGGUGGUGGCCAGCGCCAGCAGCAGCAGCGUCCACACGAGCCCCUCACGCCCCAGCAUCUUCGUGAAUGACCCUCCUUGGCACCACCGCCUUGGUCAUCCCUCCCUGCCACGCCUCCGUGGCAUGCACUCCCGACUCCUUAUCUCUGGUCUUCCCAGGUCUCUCCCUCCCCUCCCACCCUCGCCUGCCCCGCCCUGCGUUCCUUGCGUCGAGGGGCGGCAGCGCGCCGCUCCUCACUCCUCCUCGUUUCCUCCGACGACUGCUCCUCUGCAGACUCUCCACAUGGACGUGAGGGGCACAGCCCCCGUCAAGGGACAAGGUCGCGAGCGGUACUUCUUGCUGGUUGUUGACGACUACUCGCGUUACACCACGGUCUUCCCCUUGCAUUGCAAGAGUGAUGUCCCUGCUGUUUUGAUCCGUUGGAUCCGCGCUGUUCGUCUCCAGCUCCGCGAGCGGUUCCGCACGGACCUUCCCGUCCUGCGUCUGCACUCUGAUAGAGGUGGUGAGUUCUCCUCCGACUGGCCUCUUGCAAUCGUUCAGAUACCACCAUGGACAAGCUCUCCGCUCGCACCAUUCCCUGCGUUUUCCUUGGCUUUGUCCCUGAUGCGCCUGGCUGGCAGUUUUACCACCCCACCUCGCACCGUGUCUUCCCCUCUCAGGACGUCACCUUUGACGAGUCGGUUCCCUUUUACCGACUCUUCCCCUACCGCACUGCUCCCCCCCCCACCACCGCCGCUCUUCCUCGCUCCAGGUCCCCCUCCGGUAGACCCCCUCCCUCCUCCUGGUCCUGCUCCUUCAGGUGUGUCUCAGGUAGACCCACUCCCCUUGGCUGAGCCUGUCGAGGUCACUGGUGACUCUGGUGCUGCUGGGGGUGGUGCUCGGGGUGCUGAGUCUGGGGGUGCUGAGCCUGAGCGUGCGGAGCCUGGGGGUGCUGAGCCUGCGCGUGCUGAGCCUGGGGGUGCUGAGCCUGCGAUGGCGGAGCCUGGGGGUGCUGAGCCUAAGCGUGCGGAGCCUGGGGGUGCUGAGCUUGAGCGUGCGGAGCUUGGGGGUGCGGCGUUUGGGGGUGUUGCGCCUAGGGGUACUACGUCUCCCCUCCAGGAGCCUCUCUCCCCACAGCAGCUACGCAAGUGGUACUCUAGCCGCUGUCGCCUUCGGAGUGACGCUGCUGGAGCUAGUGGCACUGGAGCUGGAGAUGCUGGUGCUGGAGGUACCGGAGGAGCUGGACCAAGUGGUUCUGGAGGCGCUGGUGCUGGAAACGCUGGAGUUGGAGGCCCUAGAGUUGGGGACGCUGGAGCCGGUGGUGCUGGAGGCGCUGGAGCUAGGGACACUGGAGUUAGAGCCACUAGAGCUGGGGGCACUGGAGCUGGAAUCGCUGGAGCUGGAGGCACUAGAGCUGACACUACUAGAGCUGGCGGUGCUAGAGCUGGAGGUCCUGGAACUGGAGGCCCUGUGCAGCAGCGACCGUUUUUCGAGCCGCCGCCGCAGCUGUCUGAGCUUCCGCCCGAGUCGGUGCUCCGCCAGGUUCUUAGUCUUCCUUCGUCCACUGCCCUUCCUUCUGGUUCGCCGCUGCCUGUCCCGUCCCGCUAG